GUUUCUUUUGCGGUUACGAUGUUUUUUUUACUAUAGCUGAAUAGCUCAUUCACUGCUAGUUUGGUUUGGAGUUAUACUGGUUUUUGCAUGAUUGACAUAAUGAAUCCAAACUCUCGUGAAUAAUUCCCCUAUAAAAACAACUGCUUCUUCACCAGUAGAACUUACACAAUUUCCAGAAUGUCUUCAUGGGUUUCAUUCAUGGUGGUGCUCCUUUGUUUCUCCAUUAAUGGCAUCGCGGAUGCCAGACACCGGAAACAGCUGCACUCUCCAGCCAUUGUCGUCGGAACUGUCUACUGUGACACUUGCUUCCGUCAAAAAGUAUCCAAAUCCACCCAUUUCAUUUCAGGUGCGAAGGUGGCGGUGGAAUGCGGCGGCGAUGGUGGGAAGCAGAGUUUCCGGGUAGAAGUGAAGACGAACGAGAAGGGUGAGUUUGAAGCUAAACUGCCGGUUUCAGUUGGUAGAAGUGUGGAGAAAAUCAAAGGGUGUUCAGUUAGAUUGAUUAGCAGCGGCCAGCCGUACUGUGCGGUGGCUGCCACCGCCACCUCGUCGGAGAUUCGUUUUAAGUCGAAGAAGGCGGGGACUCAUGUUUUCUCAGCUGGGUUUUUCACUUUUAAGCCCGAAUUGUGUAACCAGAAAGAUACUAUCGGAAAAGGUUUUCCACCGGCGCUUCCUGAUAUUCCUGCGCCGUUCUUGCCGCCGAUCGGUGGAGGCGUUUUACCUCCUCUUCCGGUGCCGGAUGUACCCAUGCCACCUCUAAUUCCCCCGCUACCACAGCUCCCUGGUAUUCCACUUCCACCUGUUAGCCGCCAAAAAUCAUCGGAAUCCGAUAGAUUGGCCGAUCAAAAAAGUUUUGGUUUCCCGUUUCCACCGCCACUGUUCCCACCGCUGCCGUUUGUACCAUCGCCGCCUUCAUUGAUUCCUCCCGUCAUUCCAUCACCACCACCGUCACUGUUCCCUCCCCUCGUUCCAUCACCACCACCAUCAUUGUUUCCUCCCCUAGUUCCAUCACCACCAUCAUCGUUGUUUCCACCAUUGCCGUUUCCACCUGUACCAGGUUUGAUUCCAUCACCGCCGCCGCCACCACCGCCGGCGUUCCCAAUUCCUCUGCCUCCACUACCUCCACUACCUCAACUACCUCCAGUACCUCCGGUACCAGGAUUCCCUACAGUCCCACCGGCGAAAACCUCCCCUUGAUUAAACUCGUAUAUAUAUAAUAUUAUUAUUGCAUAACCUUUUGAAGUAACCUUUCCAUACAAACGCGCGUAUUACAAUAAUGGGUAUUGUAAUUGUAGCAUGAAUAAAUCUUACAUGGUAAAAUGGUUGGGAUUCCUAUAAAUAGUUUAAAAAUUUUGAGAUCCAAUUAUGCGUUCCAAGUAUUGUUUAAUAGAUAGCAUUCUAUGAGUUUCUAAUAGAAGUUUUAUCCUUUUUAUUUAAAUGUUAGAUUAUUUGACAUGUAAAUAAUAUUUCACGUGUGUUCGUCCUUAUGAAUAAGAUUUGUAUCGUAUUUGAUAAGUAGUUCUCUCUAGAGAAGAACCAUGAUUUGUAUCAUUCUCUUUUACACGGAAUAAAUAUUCGGUGCCAAAUGAUAGGUGUUUACAAGCGAUGUCUACUUGUCUAGCCUAGUUUGGAUCGAUGUAUUGGGUUUUAUACUCAUAUGGGACAUAAGUUUUCGAGUUUGAUUCCCUUAAACUACUUAUUGUGGUAUGAUAUCCAU